AAGGGACGCUGGAAUGUGGAGCGGUUGUGGGGCGGCAGCUGCGGAACUCGGCGAUUGUGGUUUCCGCCGUACUUCCCGUUCCCCAUCUAGUAACUCCCAUCUCAGCCCACGUAUCUCCCUGAGGGGAAAUCUCGGGCCCCAGACCAGUCGAUUGGGAGGUCCGCUCUCCCCUUCAGCGACUUGGUCUGUGUUUUGGCAGUUGCCCCGACAACAGUCACUUCCGGGAAGGGGCUCUGCGAAUCUCCUUCCGCCGGUCCGCUCAUAAUCAGCUGUCCUCUCAGACUGUGUGGGUGGUUUCCCCGGCCGCAGCUCCGCAUGGGCGUGGAUUGCUGGGCCUCGGUGCACCCCAGCCUCCCCCACUCGGGUUCUGAGCUUGAGCUGGCGGCUCUUUAACUCUGUUUCACUGUUGCUCUUGGCAACAUCCACUUCCGGGAGCGAGUGCCGUUUCCCCCGCUCACCGCGGGCUAGGGAGCGUGGGAUUCCGGACUCUGAGCGGCUGUUAGUGCGUCGCCGCUGCUGGCGAUCCGGCGACCCUCGGCCGGCAGGACCCGCGGGCCACGCAGCCCGGGCCUUCUCACCGCCUCAGUACCUCGGCGGGACCGCCAUGGUUCUGCUGCACGUGAAGCGGGGCGACGAGAGCCAGUUCCUGCUGCAGGCGCCUGGGAGCACCGAGCUGGAGGAGCUCACGGUGCAGGUGGCCCGGGUCUAUAAUGGGCGGCUCAAGGUGCAGCGCCUCUGCUCAGAAAUGGAAGAAUUAGCCGAACAUGGCAUAUUUCUCCCUCCUAAUAUGCAAGGACUGACCGAUGAUCAGAUUGAAGAAUUGAAAUUGAAGGAUGAAUGGGGUGACAAAUGUGUACCCAGCGGAGGUGCAGUAUUUAAAAAGGAUGAUAUUGGACGAAGGAAUGGGCAAGCUCCAAAUGAGAAAAUGAAGCAAGUGUUAAAGAAGACUAUAGAAGAAGCCAAAGCAAUAAUAUCUAAGAAACAAGUGGAAGCCGGUGUCUGUGUUACCAUGGAGAUGGUGAAAGAUGCCUUGGACCAGCUUCGAGGCGCGGUGAUGAUUGUUUACCCCAUGGGGUUGCCACCGUAUGAUCCCAUCCGCAUGGAGUUUGAAAAUAAGGAAGACUUGUCGGGAACACAGGCAGGGCUCAACAUCAUUAAAGAGGCUGAGGCGCAGCUGUGGUGGGCAGCCAAGGAGCUGAGAAGAACGAAGAAGCUUUCAGACUACGUGGGGAAGAAUGAAAAAACCAAAAUUAUCGCCAAGAUUCAGCAAAAUGUUCAGACCAGAGGGCCCUGGAAGACCAUGCCUGAAAUGCGGCUAAGGCACCACGAGGCUGAACAGAAAACCGGGGCCUUAUCAGAGAGAAGAGAAGGGCCCCACAGUCCAAACGCCCAGGAGGCUCCGCCCUGACCUGCUGCCGCACGCGUUUGCUGCAGGGUGAGAAUCUGGGGAAGACUCAAUGAAGAAAAUGUCCUGGCCAGGCCAGGAAGAGCAACACACAGAGAGCUGCAGCAGAGACAGGGAUGGGGGGACCCUGCCCUGGGAGCCGCCCGGCUGAGGCUCAGGAGGGGAGCUGCAAAGGCUGAAGCCUACACAACCCCUCACACACUUCAGGACACACACAACCCCUCACGCACCUCAGGGACUCACACAACCUCUCACACACCUCAAGAAGCUACACAAACUCUCACACACCUCAGAAACCUACACAAACUCUCACACACCUCAGAAACCUACACAAACUCUCACACACCCCAGGGACUCACACAACCUCUCACACACCUCAGGACACACACAACCCCUCACAUACCUCAGGAACCUACGCAAACUCUCACAUACCUCAGGACACACACACAACCCCUCACACACCUCAGGAACCCAUAUAAGGAACCCACACACCUCAGGCUCAUACACACAAGCCCUCACACACCUCAGGAAUCCACACACAACCCCUCACACACCUCAGGGUCUCACACAUAAUGCUGACACACCUCAGGGUCUCAUACACAAACCCUCACACACCUCAGGACCCACACAAUUCAUCCCACUUCUCAGGACACACAUAAAACCCCUCACACACCUCAGGGGCCCAUACAUAACCCCUCACACACCUCAGGACUCACGCACAAUCCUCUCACACACCUCAGGACUCACACAACCACUCACACACCUUAGGACCCACACACACCUCAUACACCUCAGGGACACACACAACCCCUCACAUACCUCAGAAACCUAUAUAAACUCUCACACACUUCAGGACAAACAUACAACCUCCCACACACCUCAGGACACACACACACACUCCUACAGUUAGAAUGACACACAGGGACAAAAGUGCCUUCUGUUUCCUCUUUGUGGUAUUUUCUUCAUUCAUUCAUGACGUCGGCAUUUACUGCCUAUUGCAUGCGAAUCGCUUGCAGAACUAUCCGAGUGACACACGUCCCAAGCAGGCUCAGGUGAGCCCCAGGUGUGUGUUGUCCACACGCAGCACCAUGGAUGAGAAGGACAGCCAGGGUUUAACAGGAAUAUCGACUCUUGCUUGCUCCUCAUUCUCUUCUCUAUCACAAAAAUCACACGGACAAUUCAGAUGGAGAUGCAUUUAGUGAAAUGAUGAAACUUUGAAUCCUGUCUCCUAUUUAAACUCACAUAUAUUAUUUUCCCUUCAUAAAAAUGUUUUUUCUAGUAAAUAAUUUGAUAUCCGAAGAAAGUUUGUAUUUCUCCAAGAAUGUAUGCUCAGAGAAAUGAGCUCUUACUACAAGUUGCGUAUUGAAGACUUGAUAUAAAACACAUGGUUU